CCAUCUUCAACAACACAGCAGCCAUGGCCGAAACAGCAGUCACUCCUCCUCAGGAGGCCAUAGAACAGCAAACGGAGGUAGAUCAGCAACAGGAUGCUUCGGAAACCGCCCUCGUUACCACAGAUGAGACCCAGAAGAAAACCAAAAAGAUCAUCCGCCGCAAGCGUCGUCCAGCUCGCCCCCAAGUCGACCCAGCGACCAUCAAAUCGGAACCUCCUCCUCAGACUGGGCAGAUCUUUAACAUCUGGUACAAUAAAUGGAGCGGAGGCGAUCGCGAGAACUCAUAUUUAAGUAAGACCGCCGCGCCAUCGCGGUGCAACAUCUCCCGAGACAGCGGAUACACGCGCGCGGACAAAGUGCCUGGAUCUUAUUUCUGUCUGUUUUUCGCACGCGGUGUGUGUCCACGCGGCUCGGAAUGCGAGUAUCUCCACCGGCUCCCGACACUGCAUGAUCUUUUCAACCCGAACGUGGAUUGUUUUGGACGGGAUAAGUUCAGCGAUUAUCGGGAUGAUAUGGGAGGUGUGGGAUCGUUUACGAGGCAGAAUCGCACUCUGUACGUCGGACGUAUCCACGUUACAGACAACAUAGAGGAGGUGGUGUCCAGGAAUUUCGCCGAAUGGGGUCAGAUUGAUCGCAUUCGCGUGUUGACGUCACGGGGUGUGGCGUUCGUGACUUAUACGAAUGAAGCGAAUGCGCAGUUCGCCAAGGAGGCCAUGGCACAUCAGAGCUUGGAUCACAAUGAGAUCUUGAACGUGCGGUGGGCAACGGUUGAUCCGAAUCCACUGGCGCAGAAGCGGGAGGCCAGAAGGUUGGAGGAACAGGCUGCUGAGGCGGUGCGGAGGGCCUUGCCAGCGGAGUUUGUUGCUGAGUUGGAGGGAAGAGAUCCGGAAGCAAAAAAGCGAAAGAAGAUCGAGGGCAGUUACGGCUUGCAAGGAUAUGAGCCACCAGAUGAGGUGUGGUUCUCCCGGACGAAGGAGUUGGAGGAUACCGGGGGUGCUGCCCAGUUGGAGGCUCCGGAGCAGCCUCUGAUGAUUGGGUCGGCGUCUUCGUCUACGGCAGUUGCUCCCCAGGAAUACGAGGGCAGUGGAAUCUUCUCCAGCUCUUCCGUGGCAGCUUUGAAGGGGCUAGCAGGCGGCAGUGUCACGACACAGCAGGCACCCAAAGCCGCCGGGCCUCUGGUCGCUUACGGGAGUGACGACGACAGCGAGUGAUUUACGUACGUUGUGUGCAUUCUUACCUGUACUAUAGCAGAGAUACCUGAAAAUGUGCUUUACUGGGGUUCAAUUCAUUAUAUGACUUCUAUUGAUGGCUAAUAUCAACGCUUGUUUGCAUGGCAUAAUUGUGGGUAUAUUCAGAGAAGAGAAAUUCAACAAACAGCGAUUAUUAACAGACACAUAACACAUGCAACAUCUCACAUCAAUCACCUGUCAUUUCCACAUC